AUGGUGGACUCAACUGCCGGUUGCGAAAGGAUCUGCAUGCUGGAUGCCUACCAAGGGUAUCAUCAGGUUCCUUUAGCGGUGGAGGACCAAGAAAAGGUUAGCUUUAUUACGGUUGAUGGUACCUUCUGUUAUACUGUCAUGCCCUUCGGUCUCAGGAACGCAGGAGCCAUGUACCAAAGGAUGAUGGACAAGAUCUUCCGGGAGAAGAUCGGGUGCAACGUGGAGGUUUAUGUGGAUGAUAUACUCAUUAAGUCUCCUUUAGUCGUGAAUCUGAUCAAGGAUGUAGAGGAAACUUGCCAGACUCUCUGGCAAUAUGGGCUGAAGCUGAACCCAUUGAAAUGCUUGUUUGGGGCUAAAGGAGGAAAGUUCUUGGGCUACCUAGUGACCGAGCGUGGAAUAGAAGCUAAUCCAGAAAAAGUUCGGGCACUACGUGAUAUGCAAGUUCCCCAGAAUUUGAAGGAAACGGAAGCAACUAUUGAUUGGCAGACACCCAUGAUCAGCUAUGUUAGGCAGGGUACCUUAUCGGCUGACCCAGAGGAAUCAUGGCUGGUCAGGAAGCAAGCUCAUGCUUAUGUCAUGAUCGGGGAUCAGCUAUACAAAAGGUCCUUCUCUAGACCCUUACUCAAAUGCCUGGGUAUGGAGGAGGCGGACCAAGCCUUACGAGAAAUACAGCUGGGAUGCUGUGGCAAUCAUGUAGGCGGUCGGGCAUUAUCUCGCAAGGUACUCCUGGCUGGGUAUUUCUGGCCUACUUUACAGAGGGAUGCUCAUAAGCUGGUAAAUACAUGCCUGUCCUUCCAAAAAUAUCAAAAUUUAACACAUCGACCGACGGCUCUGCUAAGAACAUCUAUAGUCUCGUGUCCUUUUGGUCAAUGGAGCAUGGAUAUUGUGGGACAAUUUCCAAUGGCCCCGGGUCAGAAACGCUUCUUAUUGGUAGCAGUGGAUUAUUUCUCUAAGUGGGUGGAAGCAGAGGCCCUGGCCAGGAUCACAGAAGAUGCGGUCAUCCAGUUUCUAUGGAAGAAUAUUCUUUGCAGGUUCGACAUUCCGCACAAAUUGGUGUCAGACAAUGGGAGGCAAUUUCAAGGGCAAAAAAUCCAGGCCUGGUGCAAGGGAUUUGGCAUAACGCAAGCCUUCACUUUAGUGGCAUCCCCGCAAAGCAACGGCCAGACCGAAGUGGUGAUCGAGAAAUAG